AUGAAUCCUGGCAGCCCAUUCGGGGAGUUAGUUGGCUCCCUCUUUGAGAGCUGGUUAAAGGCAAGAAAAGAAGGUAAUGAGGCCAUGGCCUAUGUGUACAAGAUCCUUAUGAAUUCAUUAUACGGUAGAUUUGGUAUUAACCCUGAAUCCAUACAGACAGAGGUCUGCAAUUAUGAUAAAUAUAAUCAAUUAAUUAUAACAACAGGGUUCCAGUAUGCGGAGAAGCUUAGCGAUAAAUACUACAUUAUUGCCUAUAAGACUAAUACAGAACGGGUUCCAGACGCGGAGUGGAGGCCGCCAAGGAUAGCAGCAGUUCAGAUAUCAGCGGCUAUCACAACAUGCGCUCGUAUCCAUAUGCAUCCUUACAAUUCAAGAGAAGAUUGUUACUACACGGAUACAGACUCAGUUAUCCUUGGGAGUCCUCUUCCUGAUGAUGAUGUCUCACCCACUGAAUUGGGGAAGUUUAAGCUGGAGCACAAAUUAAGUAAAGGUAUCUUUUUAUCACCAAAGGGUUAUUGUCUUUGGACUGAUAAAAAUCAGAUCAUAAUUAAACAUAAGGGGUUAGCUAAACCAUUGGUCAGUGAUAAGUGGUAUGAAACACAAUACGCUGAUUUAAAACGGAGAAUAGUGGCCCUUGUUGAUUCUAACUUCCUAAUAAAUUGGGCAACACUGGACAUCAUGAAAAAGACCAAAUUAGUGAAGUUAAGUACCCAAACUAAUACCAAGAGGGAACCGGUGUAUGACAAUAAUCAAGAUUGGGUUGAUACAAAACCAGUGAAUGUGAAAGACUACGCGAGACAAGAUAAAAGAGUACUUCUAUAUAAAUAUAGGAUACAAUCCGAUAGUAUCAUCAAAGAUAAGCAAGGCUAG